AUGAAAGAGCUCCAACAAGAAAAGGCCAGUGAAGAUGGAGACGGGAAGGGUACAGAAGACACUGGGACAUUCCGUCGUCUGGGUACCCUGGACGCCGCGGCAAGAGCAGGGAAGGGGCGACCAUCACCUGUCGAAGAAGAACGAGAAAGCACUUCGGCUCAACCGAGAGCAGAGGUGACUCCUCCCCCUCUCUAUGACGAGGUGACACCAGAAGACAGCCCCUAUCUGAACCACAAGAGAUCUCCCAGUCCAUAUGAAGACCCCUCCACGCUCCAUCUUGCUGGGCCCAUCCCACUUCACCCGCUACCCGACUUCUUCACGACUCUCGAACAGUCGGUUGCCCCGGCCUUGAGUGGUGGGUCCACAGAGGGAGCAAUCUAUGUUCUGACAGGUGGGCGUGGCUUUGUGAGUCUCCAGACAGGAAGGCGAAGGAGUGUACAUUACAUUAGACCUGGAGACGUGUCCACUUCUGAUGAGAGCUGUAUCAUAGCUUACGAAAUGAAACAUUGAGUGUAUUAUUUUUAGCACUUUACAAGUAUAUUUUAACUUUACAGUGUGCAAUAAGUUAUAACUAUAUCACACAAACAAAAAUAUGGGUAUAAAAUGUUUUGACGUCCAUAUUUCC